AGGAUUGAUCUACAAGGAACUGCGUAUGUGCAAUGGCAUCUGAAAGGUCAUCUUCCCUUGAAGAACGACUUCUCAAUUGUUGGCCUCAAUUGCGAGAUAAACUGGACGUAGAUAGAGUUCCAGGCAUGCUCAUUGCGAAGGGAAUACUCCGGCCAGAGUGGAGAGACAGCGUAGAAAAUCCGAAGGGGAGAGUUCAAGAGAGGGAGGCCAUCCUUUUAAUUGUUCGACAGAAAGGUCCGAAUGGGAUCAAGACCUUUAUGGACGUCCUAGAAGAAGUCGGGCAAUUAUAUCUCAUGGAUGCGCCAGAUGCGGGAGGAAUACGCCUUCUCAAAGCUGCGAUCUUUGCACCGUGGAGAUGCAUCCGAAAGGGAUAUCGCCCGGUAGCGGUAGCGUCAUCAGACCAGAAACGGAUCUCUCAAGACGGCUCUUGGAAAAUUAUCGUGCUUUUCUGUGUUUGCUUCUUCAUUGUUUUCGGUGGAGUAUUGGCCAUCGUCUUUCUGCUAGGUGGGUCACAUGGAGAAGAUCAAAAUACAGAAGUCAAUGAUGUCGAGUCUGGUCAAGAUCAGCAGACCCCUCCCAUACCAUCCAAAAAAAGAAUUGAUCAUCUUCCUCUGAAUUGGAAUGAAACGGAUUCACAUUUAAAUAACCAGGCGAAGUCUUCUACUGCAGCAUCAUCAAAAAAAUGGGAGAUUUUGGGGUUCACUUUGGAAGAGACAGGAAGUGCGUCCAUGUCACCAAAUGUGAAGCAGGAGAAAAGAGAGGAAAUAGAGAGAGAGGAAGAGGCAGAAGGAAGACGCAAUGAGGAAAAUAUGGACAUGGCUGCAACAUUUGCGGCAACCUCAGAGCCUUCCACACCAAUUAACCACAUAGAUCUAGAGGUCACUAACAAGAUGAAGCUGAUACAGGAAGUAGAGAAAACGUUGGAGAAAUGGCAUGAGUGUAUAGGCGAUGCAAGGACAAAGAAAAAGACAGCGAAAGAAACAUCGAGAAAUGACAGGGAGAGAUCAGAGUACUGGCGAACGGAAGCAGUGAGAACACAGUCAGCAGCUGCACGGGAGAUGGCAGUUUAUUACGCAGAUGCCGCGACUGCCUGGUUCUCCGUAAUAGAAAAGUGGGAAGCAGUGAUGGCGAAGUGUCGUGAAGCACUUUUGGAGGCCAAUAAAGAUGUUGAAAAGGGGGAGAGUCCGCAAACCCGCUUAAGUAACAUUGCAAUUAGGGCCAACGAUGUGAAGGAAGUCUGGAUUGCGGCACUGGCCGCCACAAGUGAGGCAAAGGAAAAGUCAAGUAAGGCAGUGAAGGAGGAGAAAAUGAUCUCAGGUGAUCAUAGGAAAGGCGAACCCUUUCGUGAACCCCUUCACGCAAAGGAGACGAUGCAA